AUGGAAGAGAAGCUUAUCGAAAGUGUACGUAAGUACGGCUGCCUGUGGCAAGUAAAGUCCAGGGAGUAUAAAGACCUGCGUCUGAAGGAGAACUCUUGGAAAGAGGUCUCGGAAGAAACUGGGCUCCCAGCGGCAGACUGCCAGAAAGUAUGGAAACGUCUUCGCGACAAGUUCGUGAGGGAACAGAAGAAAACUAAAUCAAUGCGUUCUGGAGACUCGGGACCUCCCUACAGCUCAUUGUGGGAGUACUUUGAGGUUCUCAGCUUCCUCCUGGACACCAUAAAACAUCGCCAGAUCGAACGGUGUUCAUUGUACAUUUAUAGAACAGUUACCAACUUUAGUGCCCCCCUAGAUGAUGGUUGCGUUCAUGAUGAUGAGGAGGAGGACAAUGAUGAUGAUAGUGAGAGCAUUGUAGCAGUAGACCAGUUUGAACACAACCAAUCAAUGACAACACGUCAGUCUACUCCGUCACCAUCAGUGCCAUUAUCUGGAGGAGUAGUGCAAACACCUAUGGGAGAAAUUCGUUCCAACAGAGGCAAGGGCAAAAAGAGGAAGGUGGAUGCUGAAGCUGUUGAUUUAGCUAUGCUUCAGUUGAUCAACGACCAGAAGAGCAAUCCUACUGAGCCAUCGCUAGAUGAAGAAGGGCUAUUUGGAUUACACAUUGCAGCCAAACUAAGACAGUUGUCCGACCGUGAGAAAGCAAUUGCGGAGAUUAAAAUCGAAGAAAUACUAUUGGAGGCAAAAUUUGGCUACCAAUACCAGCAAAGCAGCCACCAAUACCAGCAUUGA